UGAGUGUGGGGCUGUGUGAUGCGUGCAGGAGGAGGAGGAGGCUCUGUGAGCGUGUGAGCGUGUGAGUGUUUGGAGCGAGGAGGAGAUGUGAGGUAUUUGUUUGGGGGACUGUGAGCAGUUGUGCACUGUCAGAGACGAGCAGCAGCCCGGCGCCCCGCUGAAAACACUCUGGAGUGAGUUAUCUAGCUGGAGAGAAGUGGAGGAGCCGCGGAGAAGCUGCACGCUGAGGAGCGGGGUGUCCCUCAGAGCAGCUGUGGAAGAAGAAGAAGGAGAAGAAGAAGUGCUCCGCGCUGAGUUGAAGACCUGUCUGUCUGAGAAGCCGCAUGCCCCCCGCGCUCCAGCGUUCUUCUACUUAUCGGCAGGAAGCCGAGUGUCUUCAGAGGAUGAAAUAGGAGUGGAUCAGUGGAAGUGGCUGUGGUGUAUGAAGAGCAGGUCGAGUCAGCAGUGGUGUUUUGGGAAUGUGUAAAGUCUCCUUUGCUGAGUGUCCUCAGCCAAUAGGAGCUGAAGCUUUGCCCUCAGAUCAAGGGUCAGGGUGGUGAUGGAUGACCAGGGCAGUGUGUGACAGCAGCAGAACAGUGUGAGCGGAGCAGCCCUGUGCAGGAGGGGCUAAGAGAGUGUGUGUGUUGGGCGCACGGUCGCCAUGGCUCUGGUUCAGGCCCUGUCUGUGCCCACUGAUCACCCCAAGUCCAGCGCCGAUAUCCAGCAGUGCCGUUCUGUAUCGCCUCCCGAGGCUACCGGGGGCACCAUGGGCUCCGUCAGCAGCCUGAUCUCAGGACGCACCUACCAGGAGCGCCACUGCCGCGCCGCCAGCGACUUCAGCGCUAAGUGCCGCAGGUCCACGCCCGCCACCAGCUGCUUCCGGCAGCAAGAUGGAACCCUUCGCAGCGCCAGCUCUCAGGAGCAGCUUCUCACCAACCAGCCUACCCUGACCUCCAACAGGUCAUCCACCAUCAUCGCCGCUGGCAACGGCAACUAUGGAUACGUGGGCGACGAGCUGGUCGGUGACUGGAACGACAACCAUGUGACUGCAUGCAGCCCAUGCAGUGACACGGAGGAACCACGGGACAACCGCACCAUGAACGGCAAUAUCGGGGGUCCUCCCCCAAAACUCAUCCCCGUCUCUGGAAGACUGGAGAAAAACAUGGAGAAAGUUGUCAUUAGGCCCACUGCCUUCAAGCCUGUAGUGCCCAAAAACCGCAAUUCUGUGCAGUACCUCUCCCCACGGCCAGGGGGCAGUCUGUCUGAGAGUCAGGGCAGCCUCAACCUUUUACUACCUGGAGGUGGAGCAGGUCUGGUAUGUGCCGAGAAACGCAACUCGUACAGCGGCGGCCGCAACGCUCGCAGCAGCCAGUCUUGCACCAUGUCGGACUCGGGUCGGAACUCUCUCUCCAGUCUGCCCACCUACAGCAGCGCAGGAUACAGCCUGGGCACCAGCGACAGCACAUCUGGACACCCAGAGCCCACACGAACCAAUGGCGGCCACGGCCACUCCAACUCAGACAGCGGCCGCUCCUCCUCCAGCAAGAGCACCGGCUCCCUGAGUGGGCGGGGUCAGCCACUGUCUGACAGUGGGUCAUGUGGGAGAUCACCUGCCCCACCAGAGGGGUAUGAGAGUGUGAUCCGAGACCUGGAAGAGAAGCUGAGAGAGAGAGACCUGGAACUGCAGCAGCUGCGAGAUAAUCUGGACGAGAAUGAGGCGGCAAUAUGCCAGGUAUAUGAGGAGAAGCAGAAGCGCUGUGAGCAGGAGCUGGAGGAGCUGAGGCAGACUUGUGCCGCUAAGAUGAAACAGGCCCAGCAGAAAGCACAGCGGGCACAGCAGGUGCUGCAGCUACAAGUCUUCCAGUUACAGCAGGAGAAAAAGAAGCUGCAGGAGGACUUCUCUCAGCUUCUGCAGGAACGUGAGACACUGGAGAAGAGGUGUGCUUCCAUUGAGAGGGAACAGACACAGCUGGGUCCACGACUGGAGGAGACCAAGUGGGAGGUCUGUCAGAAGUCUGGAGAGAUUUCCCUGCUGAAGCAGCAGCUGAAGGAUGUGCAGGCAGACCUGGGCCAGAAGGCGGCCGAGAUUGUGGCUCUGAAGGCUCAACUGCGAGAGGCUCGCUCUGAGCUGCAGGCCAGCCAGGUGCGUUCGCAGGAAGCCCAUGCAGCAGCCCGCACGCGUACGCUGGAGCUGGAGGUGUGUGAGAACGAGCUGCAGCGGCGUAAGAGUGAGGCCGAGCUGCUGCGAGAGAAACUGGGCCGUCUGGAGGAAGAGUCGAGCAGGUUGAGAGCUGUCCAGGCCACCCUGCCCUCCUCUAAGGGCCAGUGCAUGAGCCUGCCUCUGCCUCUGUCCCACGGUCGCAGCCCCGCCUUCCGGGACGGAGAGGAGCAGCUGCUGGCGUACGAGAGCGAUGAGGCUAAGGCUCAGCGGCAGAGCAGCGACGCGCUGCACACGGUCCGCCAGCAGGUGGAGAGACUGCGCGCUGAACUGCUGUUCGAGAGGAGACGCGGCCAGGACCAGCUGGAGUCCUUUGACGAUGAGCGGCGCGUGUGGCAGGAGGAGAAGGACAAGGUGAUCCGCUAUCAGAAACAGCUGCAGCAGAACUACAUCCAGAUGUACCGGCGCAACCGCGAGCUGGAGCGGGUCAUGAGGGAGCUGAGUCUGGAGCUGGAGAAUAGGGACAUGGAGGAGUACGACAUGCGCAGCAAUGAAAUCCACUUCGAGGAGAUCACGGCCACAGAAAUCUAGCGCAUCUUUCCCGAUCCCACCCCACACGGACCCCUUAGAUCAGGAGUGGCAGAUACUGGAGAGAUUAGCACUGUAUCUCCUGUAACUCUUCUGAAUUAAACCAUCAGCUGAGUAGUAAGGCCUAGUGAAUUGCGUGAAUUCAGUACAGAGUGUUAAACAGGGGAAACACUCCAAUCUCUCCAGGGCCAGAGGUUGAAUUGCUCUCAUAAGCCCCUUUUACACUCAAACUUUAACAAGAGUUUCAAACAACCUGUGCUUACCACACUCAAAACUCCCGUUACACUUAUCAUAAAAUUCAACAACAAAAACACUUCUUAUAAAGACCAACAGUACUUACAUUUAUUACGUUUUUUUCCCCAUUUUUCUCUCAAUUUGGCUAGGCCAGUUGUCCCACCCAUUCAGCUGCCUUAUAUCCCCCAUUACUAGUGAUCCCAAAACACAAGGAGGGUGAAAACUAGCACAUACCUCCUCCGAUACACGAAAGUCAACCACCGCCUGUUUUUUUUUCGAGCUGCUGCUGGUGUGGGGAGAGAGAUUGCCAUCUACCCACCCAGAGAGAGCAAGGUCAAUUGUGCUCUCUCAGGGCUAUGGCAGCUGAUGACAAGCUGCAUGACCGGGAUUCGAACCAGCGUUCUCCCGAUCACAGUGGCACCGCUUUAGAUUGCUGGACCACUUAGUGACCCAGUUGCCACAUUUUUUUGAGUAUCCCGAAUACCAGUCCUUAAAAACUAAAAUGUAGAAAAAGUUUAACUUUGCCAGACAUGUUUUAGUUGCUGUGGCACAGAAGCAGCUAGACACACAGCAAGGGUACAGGUUUCCAUUUUAUUUUAUUUUUUCUCCUGUAUGGAAUACACUAGGAAUGCACCAGAAAUUUAUAAAUACCAAAUGCUGGACAUUGUUUUCUGUAAUUAUUCAGUUUUUUUAGUCAUUCGGACAAACGCUGAAAGUGAUUUAUUUUAUUUAAUUUUUUUUACCAUUUUUGACUAAAUAAUUUGGGUUGUCGAAUAUUGGUGUCUUUAUUACAUUUUUAUAUACAGCUAUGGAAGAAAUAUUUAUUAAGAAACUAUUUUCAUAGGUAUAUGUUUGAGUAAAAUGAACAUAGUUGUUUUAUACUAUAAACUACUGACAACGUUUCUCCCAAAUUCCUAAUAAAAAUGUUUACCUCUUUCAUGUAAUCAAGAGAAAGACAGAUGGUCAAUUUUAUUUGGAAUUUGGAAGAAACGUUGUCAGUAGUUUAUAGAAUAAAACAACAAUGUUCAUUUUACUCAAACAUAUACCUAUAAAUAGCAAAAUCAGAGAAACUGAUUAUUUUGAAGUCUCUUCAUUUUUUCCAGAGCUUUAUGUGUGGACACAAUAAUGUUUUUAUAAACGAAAAGAGGGAAAUCCCUUGUUUUUUUUUUGUUUUGUUUUCUUUUCUUUUCUUUUCUUAAUAUCCAAAUACAUAUUAACAUAGCCCUAAUUUACCAGGAUUUCAACUUGUUCAGCUUGUGUUCACACUCAAAAAAAACUCCUUUUAAGUUACUGAUUGCUGUUACAUUCCUGAGUUCACAUCUAAGUGUGAAAGGGGCUUCUGAUUGUUCUCAAUUUCUGGUGAGCUCCACUUGUUAAAGCAUCAAUCACCACAGCAAAUGCAAAAAACAAGGAACCUGUUCCUGCACAGAUGAAAUACAGGCUAGACAGUGUUUUCAGCAGUGGUUCAACAGUAUUUUUAAAAAUCACUUUUUUUUUUAAGCAUGUUGUUUUGCCGUGCCCGUACACUCAUACUCAGGCUGAGGGUCAGGUUGGAGUGGGAUGAACAUCUGAAAGAGGGAACCGGUUGUGGGUGUGUCUGCAUGAGAUUUCCAGAAUAUGUUCUAAAAUGGAAAGAUGCUCUUCUGUCUGUUCUCUCUUGUCUCUUCUCGUCUCUGGUUCUCUCAGUCAGAAUCCGCAGCUCUUCACGUCGUAUAAUGGACUCAUAUCACAGCUACGGCACUAAUGGGAGACGAGCACCUGCACUAAUGGAUUUCUGUGUACCAGCAUUAAUAUUGAUGUCAUGGAACUCUUAGAGUGGCGUGGUCAAGCCAGGGAGAACCCACAGUUACUUAGACUGCGAGUCAAGUCAGGACACUCGAGUGCUUUCUCUUCACUCACAAGUGGAGAAAACAAAACAAGCGUCUGAACUAUUGUAGUGUCCUAAUAUUACCUUUGUCUUGCCGAGGCCCAGCACAGAGGUUCCUCCACUAUCAGAUACUAAUCACUUUAUCUAGAAGUACUAUUUUUCUAAGUAGAAUCUUUAAAAUAUUCAGCCAAAUGAUAUUUUAUGCCUGUUUUGGAUUUUCCUCAGACCGUAAUGUCAUGCAGAAUAGUGCGAAACGUUGCAGCACACACUCAAGUCAUGUCAAGUGAAUCGCAUGUGUGCAUGAAUACAGUAGCAUUCUGUCUGAAGGUCGUAUAUAUAAAUACGAUAUAGUCAUCUCCGCGGAGACGGGAUGUCUAGGUUUGACAUCACACAGGUCACGCAACGCUGGGCAGAGCUACUGCUCUCACUAGUAGCAUAGAUAACGUAUGCGUAAAUAUCAUCUGCAGUUGUGAAAUACUAAUCAUAAACAAUAUUUGGUCACAAAAGAAGGGAGAUCUAUAUAUCUAUACACUAUAUAUAAAUAUAACUUUGUUGUUUUUACAGAACAGAUUCUUUAAAUUAAAUAUGAAUGGGAUAUUAAAAAAUAUAUAUCAUGUAUAUUUUUAUAUAUAUAUAUACAUCUAUAUAGAAAUGGCACCUCAAGCUAUUUUGUGGUAACACAGGAAACGUUGUGGGUUUAACAGAUAUAUGUGUCUCAUAUCCUUUAACAAGUAAUCCAGUGGAGGGAUCGUUUGCCAUCACCAUUUGUAAGGUACAUUUCAGUGACUGCUCACAGUUUUCAUAUAAACAUUAUGUGUAGUUUACAAAUUUCACUUUACUAUUGUGAUUUUGAUCAUAUUGGAAACACACCCAAAUUUAUCCCCUUGAAAUAGUUUAGCUACAAUGUUUGCAAUAUUUAAAAACAUUAAUUAAAACCUAUAACAGAUGUUCAGAACUAUCACUACAUUUUUAUACAUUGGCAGUUCGGAGUCAAUGUCUCUGAUAAUAACAAACAUGGGGAAAUCCGUAUUUAGCAGUUUUUGUGAUAUGGAUACGCCUCCAAUUAAUUCUGAUUGUACUCAGAAAGCUUGUAUACAGCUUUAUUUUGUCAGAUUAACAGUUUCCGCUUAGCAGUGGAUUUUCUGCUAAUAGAAAUGAAUGGUUCAUUAGUGAUAUACAGUACACUAGUAUACCACAUUAUAUAUCAUUGGCAACAUGUUAAGUAACCACCUGGUAUGCCUUUGCAAUUAUCUACGACAGCCUAGCCAAACAGCCAAACAUCUGCAACAGCAUAGCCUAGCCCAUUAUGGGGUUGCUUCAGGAAACUCAGUUUUCAAGUUAAUUGUUAUUAAUAUUUCAUUGAUAUUAAAAUGUAAAUUAUUUCUUGCCAAUCAAAUUAGCAGUGAAACAGUCAUUGUGCUGAAUCUUACAGCUCAUAGCAACUGACCCUCCACUCAACUCAACUCUACCACUAGCAUAGCUGCUUCACUUUCAUCAUGGUUAUGACCUCAGUAUGGUCUCUGUUCUGAACUGUUCUUAAAAGCUAAAAGACCAGCAGUAUUAAUCAGAAUGUUCCUGUUUUUGCUAGUUUACUCUGAAUUGCAGGUCUGGUCAUUUUUUUUGCUUCAGUUUUGGUUGUCAUCCUCUUACCAUGAAACCUUCCAUUCAGUGAAUUCUUGUGUUCACCACAGUCUAAAUGUAGCCCUGCAUCCACACUGCCUGAGACCUGUGUUUUAGUUCACACACAGAAGCUCUGAAAACAGAUGAGGAGAAAUCGAGGUGCUUUUCUCAUUCCGAUCAGAGCAUUCAGACUGUUAAUCUCCUCGUCAUACCGACAUGAAGUCCUCCUUCAUUCUCAAUGUUUUAUACUCUCCCUUCCAGUACUCAGAUCACAUGACCACGACUAAACACAUGUAAAUAUUCCUAACAUUGUAUACAGCCACAUAUUCUAGUCUAUAUGCAGACAAAGGUGUAGCCACUGUGAAUAGACCAAAGCAAAGUAACAUUUGUUUUAAUCCGUCUUUCUCCAUGUCUUUCUUUCUGUCUGUCUUUUUUUCUUUGUCAGUCCACAGUGUUUGUAGUCACUCAUGUAUAUUUCAUGCUGUACAUUUCUUGUAAAGAAACUGUGUUUUUAAUUAAAAAAGUCACAAGUAAAAAUGA